AGCGCAUAUAAUAAUGAGCAAGCUGACAUCUCCUUCUCCCUGCUGCAAUGGCAAUUCAGACCACCCUUACCUUGUCUCCAUUAAAGACCCAGAAGGCCCCAAAACGCUCACUAACCCAUUGAUCUCCAAAAGCACAACGUCCCAACCAGAGCAAGUACAGAAGAAGCUACAACUAAACGCACACCACCAAACACACAAACCCCACCAAAAAUCCCAUUUCUCCUCGGCUCUAAAAGAAGACAAUUCCAUAGCCAGCAUAGCUUUUCCCAUGAUACUCACUGGCCUUUUACUUUACUCCAGGUCAAUGAUCUCCAUGCUCUUCCUCGGCCGUCUCGGCGAGCUCGCUUUAGCCGGCGGGUCCCUUGCCGUCGGCCUUGCUAACAUCACCGGUUACUCGAUUCUCUCUGGCCUUGCCAUGGGAAUGGAACCCAUUUGUGGUCAAGCUUUUGGUGCCAAAAGGCAUACGCUGCUUGGCCUCUCUUUGCAGAGAACAGUACUUCUUCUGAUAUUUACAUCCUUACCAAUUUCUCUUCUGUGGCUAAACAUGAAGAAACUCCUCCUCCUUUGUGGCCACGAUGAAGCAAUUGCCUCUGAAGCUCAACUUUACCUCCUCUGUUCUCUCCCUGACCUCCUUGCUCAGUGUUUACUGCACCCUUUGAGAAUUUACCUCAGAACUCAAUCCAUUACCCUGCCUCUAACAUUUUGUGCCACUCUAGCAAUCAUUCUUCACAUUCCCAUCAAUUACUUUCUUGUCUCGUACCUCAAUUUAGGCAUCAGAGGUGUGGCUCUAAGUAGGGUUUGGUCUAACUUCAAUCUUGUAGCUUCUUUAAUCAUCUACAUCAUUAUCUCUGGGGUCUACAAGAAAACCUGGGGAGGGAUUUCAAUGGACUGCUUCAGAGAAUGGAGGACUCUUUUUAAUUUGGCAGUGCCAAGCUGCAUUUCUGUGUGCCUAGAACGGUGGUGGUAUGAGAUAAUGAUUUUGCUCCGUGGUUUGCUGUUAAACCCAAGAGCCACUGUUGCUUCAAUGGGCAUUUUGAUCCAAACCACUUCUCUGAUCUACAUAUUCCCCUCGUCCCUAAGCUUCAGUGUGUCCACAAGGGUUGGUAACGAAAUAGGCGCAAACCAACCGAAAAAAGCAAAGAUUGCAGCCAUUGUAGGCCUGUGUUGCAGCUUCAUACUAGGCCUAUCUUCAAUUGUUGACAAAGAUGCUUUUAAUGGCAUGGAUAAUAGUUCUUCGUCACAGGAUGAUGAGUUUUUUGGAUGA